AUGCGCAUUGCUGCGACAGCCGUCCUCGUUGGAGCGGCUUCAGCGUCGAUCUUGUCGCCGUUGGGUGGCCAACAGCAUGUGCUCGGUGAUGCCGCCAAGAAGCCGGUGAUGUCUGGCGACGAUGCCGCUGCUGCCAGUGGCCCUUUUGCUUCCUUCAAGGAGGCUGUGAAGGGCAUGACCGCCGAUGCCGAGGCGCUGUGGGCAGAGGUCAAGCUCCAUUUCCCUGACGCUUUUGAAAAGUCGACUUUUUUCUCGAGCCCCAAGAAGCACACCCGCCGGCCGGAUAGCCACUGGGACCACAUCGUCAAGGGCGCCGACAUUCCGUCUGCAUUUGUCACGACUGCCGGCGCUUCCAAAUCCCACGACACCUUGGAGGCCUACAACCUCCGCGUCAAGGCUGUGGAUCCUUCUGGUCUUGGCAUUGACAAGGUCAAGCAGUACAGUGGCUACCUCGACGACGACGAGAACGACAAGCACCUGUUCUACUGGUUCUUCGAGUCUCGCAACGACCCCAAGAACGACCCUGUUGUCCUGUGGCUGAACGGUGGUCCUGGUUGCUCGUCGCUGACCGGUCUCUUCUUCGAGCUCGGCCCCUCAGCUGUCGAUGAGAACAUCAAGAUCGUCAACAACCCCCUGUCGUGGAACGCCAACGCAUCCGUGAUUUUCCUUGACCAGCCCGUCAACGUUGGCUACUCGUACUCCGGCCAGUCCGUCAGCAACACUGUUGCUGCCGGCAAGGAUGUUUACGCCCUCUUGACCCUGUUCUUCAAGCAGUUCCCCCAGUACGCCAAGCAGGACUUCCACAUUGCUGGCGAGUCCUAUGCCGGCCAUUACAUCCCCGUCUUUGCCAACGAGAUUCUGUCCCACAAGGACCGCAAUAUCAAUCUCAAGUCUGUCCUGAUUGGCAACGGUCUGACCGACCCCUACACCCAGUACGAGCAGUACCGCCCCAUGGCCUGCGGCGAUGGUGGCUGGCCUGCUGUCCUGGACGAGUCCCAGUGCCGUUCCAUGGAUAACUCGUUGCCCCGCUGCCAGUCCCUGAUUGAGGGCUGCUACAAGUCGGAGAGUGUCUGGAGCUGCGUUCCUGCCGCGAUCUACUGCAACAACGCCAUGCUCGGCCCGUACCAGCAAACUGGUCGCAAUGUCUACGACAUUCGCGGCCCUUGCAAGGACAGCAGCAACCUGUGCUACCCCCAGAUGGGCUGGAUCGCCGAGUAUCUGAACCGCGAUGAGGUGAAGAAGGCCGUGGGUGCUGAAGUUGAUAGCUACGACAGCUGCAACUUUGAUAUCAACCGCAACUUCCUCUUCCAGGGCGACUGGAUGCAGCCUUUCCACCGCCUUGUGCCGGACAUCCUGGCUGAGAUCCCCGUUCUCAUCUACGCCGGCGACGCUGACUUCAUUUGUAACUGGCUCGGUAACCAGGCCUGGGCUGAGGCCCUCGAGUGGGAUGGCAAGGCCGCCUUCAACAAGGCCCCGACGAAGGCCUUGAAGCUCUCUGGCAGCAAGUCCUUGGUCGAUGCCUUUUUCAAGAAGGAGGGCUACGGCACAGUCAAGGCUGCUGGCAACUUCACGUUCAUGCGCAUCUACGAAGCGGGCCACAUGGUGCCGUACGACCAGCCCGAGGCUUCUCUCGACUUCCUCAACCGCUGGCUGGGCGGUGAGUGGUUCGAGCAGUAA